AAAAAACGUCACCGGCACGACAAUGGAGAGCAUUUAUGACAUCAAACGGCGCAUGGAGUGGAUUCUCCAGGAAUCCGCCUACGUAUUCUCACCAGCAUACGAGGUCCGCAACAGCAGCCUCUGGCUGUACAACACAGACGUGGAGGCGGAGGACGCAGAAGGCUUUUCGCCAAGAAGCGAGUCCCUGGAGUCCUGGGAUGGCGCAGAGGGCUUGCCCCCGGCUGCGCGGAACAGCGCGCUCCUUUUUCUCAUCGGGGACUACAUGGGCUUAGGCUACGGCGUUGGGGAGGCUUGGAUGUCCGUGUACAACAUGCCACUUGCUUUCUGGGCGGUGCUGAUUUUGUUGCUCGUGCUGAUCAUUCACAGCGUUCACACCUUCGUUUUGGUCCUAGUCGACAGCAUCAUCUCACACUUUGGUGUGGUGGGCAUGAUUCUCCUGUCCUCCACUACCUGGGCGACCUGGCCGCAAUUUCUGCGCACCGUUUUGCGGGCCUUGCGCAGCGUUGAUGCCAUCGUGGAGCGGCGACUGCGGACGCUGACGGUGUGCGAUAUUCCCACCUCAGUAGUGCUGAUGUCUCCUGUCGCCUCCCCCGGCAAAGAAGCAAGCGGCAGCAAACCGCAAGCCCGGGCCGGUGUCGUCAAGGGUGGACCAGCGAAAGCGUCUCCGACAUCUCCCAGCGCAAGCAGACCCCGUGCGUCCGCUGCGGUGGACGAGGGCAGUGCUGUCGGAGUCGCGAGUCCGCGGACGAUGUUGAGUAGCUUCCUACCUGGCAGCGGGGUCGUGGCUGGAUCAGAAGUAGAUGGAGCUGCUGCGGCUGGGGCCACCAACAAGUCUAGCACAACUACGGGCACCACCAACGAGUUCAGACGGAAAGCCGCAGUGUCGCGGGAAGACGUGGCGGAAUUUUUCCAAGAGAAGCUGAGUCUGUUAGGUAUUCGAUUCCGGGUGUCAGACAUGCGCAAUCGUGGAGAACAUGCAGAGUGCGACGUGCAGUUCAUCGACGCAGAUUUUCAGACCGUGCUCCGCGCUUGCUCUCUACAUACCCCCACGCAAUGGGGAUCAUGGGCGGUGAUCAAGCGACAGACCGUCCGCAUUCGGCCAAAGCUCGGCGAAGUAACUGCUGGCGUCGAGUACUUCACGCAUUUUCUCUGCUACCUCUACAACGCAUUUGAGACGCGGUACUGGAUUCAGCUCAGUAUCUCCAUCUACUUGUCUCUUGCGAUGACGGAAUUGUUGGUUCCAAAGAUGCUAGCUCUCUGCAAAGACGUCUUGCACAGCGCUGUCUCCGCAUCUGGCGACCACCUUUUAGAUCCUGCCGCAGACGCGCGGAUCGUGUUUGUGCAACUGCUGGAGUGGGCCAACGUUGCGUGGCACGCUUUCUUGCUAGCCCUGAUCGUUUCUUUCUGUGGCUACCAGUCCUGGGCCGACAGCAAAGACGUGCAGAGCCAUCUGGAGAAAAACUCUUUUUCUGUGAAGUCUAGACCAUCUCCUGUGCGAACGACGCCUGGGCGAUAG